CACACAAAUUUACUCUCACAUUCUCCAAAAUACAAAGAAAUAAUUAUAUUUUCUUUUCGAAAAGAAGAGAGGUGGCUUCUACGUUAUAGAAAUCAGCUGCUUUUUUGACCUCCGGAAUGGCCUUCGUAGCGCGUCGGAGCAGCGAUGGCUCGGUGGUGGAUCGUCAGCAGGUUUCCGGAAGGAGCACUCUGCGUCCUUUGUCCCUGUCGGAUAUUAGUGACGAGGAUUCGGAAUCGGUGCUGGGCUAUACGAACCGCACUUACGGGGCUCCCACCGUGAGAUAUGUGGGUCAGGGUGAGAAUGAUAAUGAUAUGGAAAGCGGAAUGGAUACCGAAUCCAAAGAAUUGACUGAGGAUCAUAUCGAAGAUGCGGACCUACAAUUUGAGGACUCUUUGGAAGAUCCAGCCGACGUUUCGGGCAGUGAAACGGAUUCGAUUCUCAGCUUUUGUCAUCAACUGGAGGAGGAGGAGGCCAACGAUGCCAGGCGCAGUGGUAUGAUUAACUAUACAGACGAGGAUCUGGAAGACGUUGAUGAUGAUGUGGAUGCAGAGGAUGUAGAGUAUCAGAAGAGCAUGGGCAAGGCGGAAGAUGCGACUGUCACGGAUACGGAGACCGUGAUGAACUUCGAUCAGGAUGUGCUGAGUUUGAGCUCCUUUGACAGCUGCACGCCAACAGUGACACAGCGUCCAGAGGAUCUGGAUAAUCUGAGCGCCAAGACCUUUUUUAAGCAAGACGUGAUGGAGGACAACAUCAGCAGCAAGACCUUCUUCAAGCAGGACAAACUGGAUGGUUUCAGCGGGAAAACGUCCUACAAGUCUGCCUUAAAGGAUAAAAGGCAGCGAUCACCUGUGGACCUUGAACCAGAUCAGCUUUCCAGUCGCACCUACAAUCUGAGCAAUGGGGGGAGUACGAGGGGCAGCAAUCGGGGAAGCAAUCGGAACAGCAAUCGUCUCCAUGAUGGAUCCUCCCUGUCCACCUGCAGUUGGUCGGAGAUGUAUGGCGGUGCCCUGCAGCCCGCCGAUGGGCGGAGCAACAUUGUGCCCUCGCUGAGCUUGGCCAGCGCCACCUCUGACACUUCGACCUACUUCAAGAGUCUGGAGGAGAACAAGGAGCGCCAGGGACAGGCGGCCUUCGAGGAUUGGAAGGCGCGGAAGGCGGCCCAGAAGCAGAAGACCCUGAUGGCCGCCAAGAAGGAGCAGGAGAAACGGGAAGCGGAGGCGGCUCUCCGCCAGAAACUGUCCCAGGAACGCUUCCAGGAGUGGUGUCGCCGCAAGGAGGAGCAGCACCAAAAGCAACAGAAGCAGCAGCAACAGCAAAUGCAGAUUCUCCGCAAGAAGACCACGACCUCCAGCCAGUCUAGCUCGGGAAACUCCUCAGCCUCCAGCUUAAUUUCCGGUUGCGGAUCUGGCCACGCCUUCGGAUCCAGUUCCGGUCUGGGCUCAGGUGCUGGUCCUGUGAAGAAGGUGCCGCCGGAGGUCACCAAGAAGAGGAUCAAGGAGUGGGGGCGCAUCAAGGCAGAGCAACAGCAGAUCGAAAGGGAGCGUCAGAAGAGGCUGCAGGACAACAAGCAGAAGCUGGAGGAGGAGCGCAGGGAGCGUUCCCAGGGCGCCUGGAAGAACUGGAUGAAGCAGGUGGACAAGCGGGCCAAGCCGGUGCCCCUCAACCAGGGCUUCGAUACCCUGCGAGGCACCAUCUCCAAUAUCUACAUUAAUCCCGUGCAGUGGGUGUCCAACAUUGAUCCGCAGGACUCUGGACGGAGUCGUUAGGGUGGAUGGGGACUGGGACAUUCAUAAGUUCGUUACACCAUCGCCCAUUCAAGAUGAAACUGGUUUAGUAAGUCUGGACGAUAUCGCUAGGGUUGCUGGGCCAACCAAUUAAUUAUUAACCUACUAUAUAUUUGUUUUUCGGAUCGUGGCGGUGGAUCCCACAUUAUUUUAGCUUCGCAAGUUGACCAAUAAACAUUAUCAGCACCUUUAAUUAUA